AUGAGCAGUUCAAAAUGUAACCAGCAAUACCGGAGGCCAAGCAACAGCCACGUUUUGAAUGGACACUGCACUAGUUAUUUUAUAGCCUACAGUAAGCUCCUUCUUGUCAUGCAGCUGGUGAUCCGCCGGUACCGUCCCUCAGACAAGGACACAGUGCUCGCCAUGUUCAGCAUCAGCAUCCGGGAGCACAUCCGUCCAUGUUUUCACAAUGCCAUCACCAGUCCUCUCUACCUCGCCAUCACCCUGGCUCUGGGUGUCACUGGCUACCUGCUCGGUUCCGUGUUAGUGGCUGUGAUGUUACCAGGAGCCUGGGUGGGCCUUGUCUACUACUGCUGUCAUGAGCUAUAUGCCAGCUACGGCAGGGAGAAACUCCAGACAGACAUGCAGGACAUCCCUGGGAACUAUCUGAGCAGACCGGAUGACUGUUUCUGGGUGGCAGAGGCUGAGGUUGAUGGAAGGGCCCAGAUCAUGGGUAUGGUGGCUGUAGUGGCCAAACAAAGCGGGACAGAAAGACAUGGAGAACUGUUCAGGAUGAUCAUCUCACCAUCGUGCAGACGGGUAGGCCUGGGCUUCAGGAUGGCUCAGACUGUGAUUGACUUCUGUAAGGAACGAGGCUUCUCCAGGGUGGUUUUGGAGACCAGCUCUACAGCCACCGCUGCUGUGGCCCUGUACAAGAAACUGGGGUUCAGCCAAGUCUUCUCAUACACCGAAAAACCGGCCCCUGUUUGUUUUGUAACGCUGGCCAAGGUGUCAUUUUUUAAAUGGAAAAACACCUCUAGACCUGACAUAAUCUUAAUUAGCUACAAUGAUGUUUCAUUUACAGUACAUUCCUCUGUAUCAGUGCUUUAA